UCGUUCUCCCGGUUCAACCCAUGCAGUUACGAUUAUACAACAAAACGUGAAGGUUCUGCAUUGGAUCGGUGUAAAAAUAAGUUUUCUAGUUCUAGUCAGUGUUUGCCAAGAUGUUAUCACUCCGGCUGCUCACUCGGAGCCUCGGCCCACAGAUAAAUCACGAAAUUUCACACAACCUUCUGGCCGGCAACCGGUCCUCCCUCCAGACGGCCUUGCGAUGCCUAAGCAGUCAAUCGCCGGCCUCGGACAGUGACUUCAAGGUGUACUACGGCAUCCUGUCGCCGCAGAUCCGUGCCGUGAAGGUGUUUUCCCUGGCCACCAGCAUAGGCGGAGUGAUCGCGCAGCCGAUUCUGCUCGAGCAGGCCAGCAAAAUCGGCGGCACUCCCAUGAUCGUGGCCAUCUGCGGCAUCGCCGGGUUCUUCACCUUCGUCACACCGCUGCUGCUGCAUUUGAUCACGAAACGGUACGUGACGGAGCUGUACUACGACGUGACCACGAAGGAGUACACCGCCAGCACGAUUACCUUCUUCCUGAUGAAGCAGCAGACCAAGUUCAAGCUGGAGGACGUGGUGGUACCGGAAAUACCCGGUAUGUUCACCACCUUUAUGGUGGGCAAAAAGUCCCUGUUUGUGGACCCGAAGCUGUUCCCGGAUCCGACGCACUACAUCAAAAUCAUGGGCUACGACAAGCCGAUCGAUUUCAAGUUCGAGGAGGCGCGGCAAAGUGCAGCGCAGGAGGACGACAAAAAGUGAGGAUUGUUAGAUGGACAUGCUAAUAAAUAGAUUGAAGGUUGAAA